ACUGCAAAGUGCAGGUCAAAGGGGCACUUCAAUGCAGUCACAAUAACAAACUAAACAUAACUCAUGACAUCAGUUAGCAUGAAUUUCAAUUCCUGGAUGGCUGGUUAGUGUCAAUCCCACUUCCAUGCCGGAUUUCUAAAACAAGGAGGCUAGCUGGCAAAUCGACGACAACACCGGAUUGAGGAAAUUGACGAGGGCAAACCAUGUACAAAACAAACUUAUUUUAAAGCAGAUAACUAUGCAACCUGAUGUAUCCCCAAGGUCACUCUAUCCAAGUAGCUCUGUGGUCAGCCUCUCCACAAUAGCUCUACUGCGAUUUAGCCUGUUCAUUCAAGCAUUUGCCAUAGGCGCGCUAGUGAAACCUUCCAGUGAUGUAUUUUCUGUUUUUCACGGUGUUGUCUGCACUAAUUGUGCGAAACGUUGAAGCAUGGGGCGCAAGUGUGAAGUACGCCGUCAACUGCCCGGACAGAUGCAACGUUGACCUGUGCGGUGGAACUCAGCGCUGCAGACUAACUGUCCUGGAUGACUGCGGCUGUUGCCAGGUCUGCACUGCCGGCAGAGGAGAGCACUGUUACCGUACUGUGUCGGGGAUGCACGGGGUAAAGUGCGGACCAGGUUUAUUCUGCGAGUUCUACAAAGAUGAGGAUGACUAUGGAGAUGAAUAUGGCAUUUGUAAAGAUUGCACAUACGGAACAUAUGGUGUGGAGUGCCGCAAAACGUGUAACUGCAAAUCUGGGGGCCUCUGUGACAGGGAAACAGGAGCUUGUCUCACCUUCAAAUUCUUUGCCAAAAUCGCCAGUAAGCUAAAGGCACAGCCUCCAGCAAGUGGUGAGACAGGCUCAGGUGAAGUGAGCAUGAACGGGGAUGACAACGCGGACAGGUCCACUGCUCCUAAGUGGUUGAACCCUCGCUGACAAGCAAUAGUCAGGACUUUCUAGUUUAUUCUGUGACAAUGUAGCAAAGUAGUAACUUAAAUGAUGGAAGGAUAUAUUUUAUCAUGAUUUAAGAGAAGCAACUUUUCUACAGUAUUUUGAAAGUUGAUUUCUGUUUAUGUUUCAAACCAAUAUCCGUCACCGUGAUACGAGCUAAAUAAGAAUGUACAAUAGUAGGUGAUUAACACUUGAUGUACAGUACAUAAAUACAAAAGUACUGUACAAAAAAUCAGUGCUUUACAGCCGGUUUAGCCUAUAAUCAUUCCUGUAGGAGCUAGAAAAGUCAUUAUACCAUGGUUACUGGACUGGUUCCUCAGACUAAUGUUGAGUGGUUCUAGAACUACUUAAAAUGUUUUUUAAUCUAGCCAUGAUCUAGGUCUGUACUUUCAUAUUCCAUGUCCUUUCCAUGGCGCUUUGUUGAUGGAAGAUUAUCAGUGAAAACAUAAGAAUAUCAUUUAACAUUCAUUUGACCACACUUUAUCUGAGCAUUUGUGAGUAUCUGGCAAAGCGAAUGAUCUGUUAAGAAGCAAAGUAGCAUAUUUUCUGUUCUUCACAGAUUUCAUUUAUAUUGUGAAUUCUGAGGAGCUUUUGUUAUUCUUUAAUGUUAUAGUACAUAACUAUACUUUAUACUCAGACAUGUUCACCAGCAAAUGUACAGAAUAGUCUUGAAAUUAAAGCCAAAGUUACCAUUGAAUGAAAUUUAGUUUG